AUGACAGAUACCCAUCCCGGAAAAAGUGACAUCAAUCCUGAGACCUGGCUCUCUUUGGAUGGCUGGAAUGGGCGGUUUCAGACAUCUAGUGGUGGAGGAUGGAUGACAGGCUGGAUGGAAAGCUUCCAAGUGUCACGGAUGGUGGCCCACAGUCUUCCAAGAGCAUGGGCACUAAAUGAAGAUGGUUCAGUUAAUCUCCAGCUCCUCGAACACCUCGCAUCUCGCGCCUUGCACAAGCUUUCUGUUCUUGGUAAAGCGAUUACCACCUCGUUCUACGGAAACCCCCCGACGUAUUCGUACUGGAAUGGAUGCUCGACAGGGGUUUUACAGGGUCUAAUGCUUGCCCAGCGAUAUCCAGACGAUUUUGGCGGAAUUAUGGCUGCUGCACCGGCAAUCAGUUGGGCAAAGUUUAUUAUAGCGGAAUAUUAG